AUGGCUGAGUCAAAUAGCUUAAAUCAAAAAUUUAUAAAAAAUUAUGAUGAAAUAACUUCCCAAAAUCCUCACAGUAGUGAUCCAAGAUUUUUGCAAAUGAAUCAAUUCAAUCAUUGUGCAUAUAGAUAUACGAUGUUUUGUCGUUGUGCAAAAGAACUUGGAGAUGAUGACCCACGUUGCAAAUUUCAAUACUAUCGAGCGCAAAUCGCUUGUACUGUCGAGCAGCUUGAAGAAUGGGAUGAUCAAAGACAAAAAGGAACAUGUGUUAUGGACACUUUACCUGACCGCCUAACUGCUCAUUUAAGGCAGUAA